AUGCAGCACAAUCCGUUGAACAUGAAGGAAUCGCAGCUGGCCGACGACCACCGCUUGGCAAUUUGCAUAGAUCAGAUACCGCGCGUCAAGCAGCAUCAAGAGAUAUUCCUCGAGGUCAACGAAGAGCAGAGCCGCGACGACAUCGACAUUUGUCGCUAUUCAACAGAAGAUGGCACUUCGUUCUACUCGAUGGCCAUGGCCUUGACCAAACCAGGCGUUAUUGAUGCCAUGCAAAGAACAGCGCUGCGCUUCCCUGCUUGCCCCAUGCGCAUCGUUAGCUUCCAGGCCUUGCGGAAAGCCAAGCGCGACAAGACAUACUGGCAAUGCACAGAAGCCGUCAAGGACAAGCCCAGUCGGAUCAAGCAGGUUCAGCAAGAUCUGGGCCGAGGAAUUCACAGGUCCGGGGAUUCAGUCACUCUGCCAGACAGCGACGAACGAGACAACAGCAGCCAUCAAAACUCCAGCAGAGAAUCGACAAGGGAUGUGAUCCUACUUGAAGGCAACGAAGAUGACGACGAUGAUGAGGAGGACGAAGACGAAUUUGACGAAUAUGAGCAGCACAUGGAGGAAGAAUAUUGCUGCGAUCACGGCCACAAAGCUCUACCCUUCGAGUUGGUCACAAGAGUGUUCCUUGAUAAAGAGCGUAAGGCUUCAUCUGACGAUGAGGCUCUCAUUGGAUCUUGCGCCAGACGUAUGCGGGAUCAGCAGGCAGGGCCAUUGACGCGAGCGGAAGCUGAAGCUCAGACGGCGGCCUAUCAAGCUCAAAGGCUUGAAGCGGCAGCCAGACGAGCUAUCCACCACAAGCAAGAGCUGGAACAGGAUUGGCGAAAGAAGGAAGAGCAAGGAGAUUUCGACUUGUCAAGCGAGGAUCGGAGAAGAGACCGUCUCUAUGCGUUUGAGGACAUCUGCGAAGCUAUCGAUUUAGCAUGGCAUAGGAUCCUCGACGCUGAUUUGGCCAGAGAAGAGGCCAAACUUCUUGACGAGAUCGCCCGUUUCCAAGACGAAUCCGUUCACAAGCAUCAACCUGAACCUGCGAUAAGGUACACGGUCAUCUUCUGUAAGGAUGGUAUCGAUACAGCUUCGGUUCCCUCAUCUCCACUGGACAUCAUCCCAGCUCCUGGUACGUUUACGCAGGGCACGAGGCGCUGGAAUUUCGCUGUAGCGCUCCGGCUUCCGGAUCAAGCCAGUUGCACGGAACAUCUGACGCGCCAGCUGACCGAGGCAGGCAUCAGCGAAGGCAAAUUCUCCAUCAGCUUCAUCCUCUCGAAAACUCGCAAGUCUUUUACAUACGUGCAGAUCGCCUUUGAGCAUCCUGUUGACUUUGCACAGGCGGAAAGCCUGGGUCUGGUCUGGGAGGAUCGUCCUCUCAAGCUUUGCAGCAGCGUACAACCCCUCGAUGCGCCGAUGACACUGCUCGGCGUGGAAAACUUCUUGAUCAAGCGAGACUCGAAUCGAUAUAUACGCCGGCAGCCAGCAGCAUUCUCGGAUAUUACUUUGGAGUCGUACAUCAAACGACUCGAAUCCCAAACGUUGGAGGCCCACAUCAUCUGGCGCCUCGAUCAGGAUCAUCAGAUAAGGGGUGAAACGAUCACGUUGGAAGGCACUUCGAUUGUUGCUCUUGUCUCGUACAAGCAGAAGCCGGUGAGCUCUUCCUCAACCCCUCCAUCGUCAAACGUCUACUAUGAACCCAAAGACGUGCCGGGCUUCGUUUACACCAUGCAAGGAUACAAGCCGAUCAAGCUCUUGGGUCGUGCGCCAGCUUGCACGAAGUGCAAUGGUCAUUGCACUUGGCAGUAUCAUCUCGAAGAGGAGUGCGAGUAUGGGAGUUGCGAGGGCUGCGGAACGGAGUACGACAGCGAAGACGAAUACUGGGACCACCUCAACUUCUCCACCUGUCCUCCAUGA